AUGACUAAAAUUAAUAAACCGCCCACGACUAGCAACCCCAAUAUUAAAUUAAAGAAACCGAAUUCGAAAGAAGAAGAGGACUUCAUGCAACCGGUAAAAAAAACAGUCAUUUCCAAAAACAUAAAGGUCGUGAAGAAGCCUGAAGAAAUAAAUGCAUCUCCGAGAAAAAGCGAAAAUGAAGGUGCCGAUAAAGACCAAGCCAAAAAGGGAGUAAGCAGCACAGACCCCAAGGCUAAAUCCGGAACAACUGAUAAUAAAGGGAAAAGCGGCGCAGACAGUAAUUCACAAAAAAAUGGGGGGGGUAAUAGUGGAGAGACUCAAGUGGGAUACUUCUCCUGGCUGUGGAGGUACUUUCCCAAGAAGAAGGCGUAA